ACAGGCAAAACCCGCGGCCGCCUACGGCCGUAAAGCCAGGCGGUGCGGCUGCGCGCCAGGCCCGCGUCGCGCGGUCGUGCCCGAGCGAAGAUGGCGGCGGGGGAAGCGAAGUCUGUGCUCUUCGUAUGCCUGGGAAACAUAUGCCGCUCUCCAAUAGCUGAAGCAGUUUUUAGAAAACUUGUAACUGAUGAGAAAGUUGAAAAUAAGUGGAUGACAGACAGUGCUGCUGUUUCAGACUGGAACGUGGGGCGCUCCCCAGAUACAAGGGCUUUAAGCUGUCUAAGAAAUCAUGGCAUUGAGACAGCACAUAAAGCACGACAGGUUACUAAAGAUGAUUUCCAGACCUUUGAUUAUAUACUUUGUAUGGAUGAAAGCAAUCUAAGAGAUCUGAAAAGGAAAAGCAACCAGGUUAAAGACUGCAAGGCCAAAAUUGAACUGCUUGGGUCAUACGAUCCUCAGAAACAACUUAUUAUUGAAGAUCCAUACUACGGGAAUGAAAAGGACUUUGAAACUGUUUACGAGCAGUGUGUUAGAUGCUGUAAAGCAUUUUUGGAGAAGCCUCAUUAAUGUUUAAUCAUUCUAUUUCUAAAAGAAAAUAAUUAGCUUCUCCUGAAAUAUGUAAGCUUUUCUUGAUUGAUGUAUUUAAAUUGUAAAACUGUGCUUCCUUAUAAGAACAAUUCACAACUUUUUCAGUUUAAUUUUUUAUUGUAGAUUUUGUCAUCUCAUUGGAAAAAACAGAUAUUGUAGAUGAACCAUUUUCUCACAUAUCAAUGUAAUAAUAAAGUACUUGUUAAGAAUAAAUUUAAUCUGUAAACUCUUACAGUGCUUUCUCAGAAGCACUGAAAAAAAAAGUCUUGCUUCUUUAUGCGCUGUACAGUCAACAAGAUGUUAUCUCAUUGUGCCAUUAGUGAGUUAGUUGAAGCCAACUUUCUGCAGGUGUAUGUGAAAUAAUAGUUCAUGUAUGUUAAUGUAGGCUUGUCAUCCCAAUAUCAUUAGACAACUUUCAGAAAGAAGCUUGUUAUAUUGAGUCUGGUGAACUAAGGAGACUACCUUCCCAAAACAGGCGUUGUUCUUAGCACUAUUUCAAAGUUCAAGCAAGCAGAACUUGUUAUCAGGAUCCUGUGAAAAUGGUUUGUUAUUUAGGUUUAAAUCUUCAUUUAUCAAAGAAAAAAUCAUUUUGUGCUGAUAGAUUUUUAUGCUCAUUAAAAUGAAAUCAGUUUGGAGAUGGUCACUGAUGAUGGUACUAAGACUUCAUUAUCCUUUGGUCUUGGGGCCAAUUUGUAGCACACUGCUGUACAUAAAGUAAUAUAGCACUUGCUUUCACAAUAGAACAGUUCAGUUUAAAAGUCUAAAUGUGAACUGUAUAUUUUAUAUCAGAAGUAAAAUAUUCAAAUAUUCCGUAUUCCUAUAUGAGUGGCAGAUGAUAUUUUUAUAUUUACUCAGGAGAAUGGAUAGCAUGUCAAAAAUGUUCUUUAAGAAUAUAGUUCAACUGGAAGACAGUCUGUGUGUAAUAUAAUUUGAAGCUAUAUGAAGGUCAGUAACUAAGAAGUUGUGCUCUUGCACACACAAGAAAAUGGAAUGCAUUAUGCAAAUCUAUUCUUAUUUGUCUGUACAUCAUCCUCAAUUUUUGCCUAGGCAGAAACAUGACUGUGAAAUGUAAUUAGAUUAGUAAUGUGACUGAUGCCAUCUUUUCUUAUUUUGAGUAAUGCUGAUAUUGAUAUGAACAAGGAUUACUACAUAAUCUGUAAAACUGUAAAAUUUGCUUUCUUAUUUAUCUGUUUGCAUUUAUUCUUCUAUUUGCCUUCCAAAUCAAUAGGAACAGCUCUGUAUUGUCAUCUACUUUCCUUCUGGGAAAGGGAUGCAUUUGGAUACAGAAGCCUGUUGCCUUUAGGGUUGAAAGGAAUCUUAAUGUCACCAUGCAUCUAACUGCAGCCUUUACAAUUGGGAUUAUGUUCUAUAGAAUCAUAGAAUGACUUACUUUGGAAAAGACCUCAAAGAUGAACUAGUUCAACCUUCCUGCCGUGGCAGGGUUGCCACCCACUGGUCAGGCUACCCAGAGCCCUGUUCAGCCUGGCCAUGAGCACUUUCAGAGAUGGGGCAUCCACAGCUACUCUGGGCAGCCUGUGCCAGUGUCUCACCACCUUAAGUAAAAAAUUUCCUCCUAACAUCCAGUCUACAUCUCCCCACUUCUAAAUUAAAGCUGUUGCCCCUUGUUCUGUCACUGUCUAUCUGCUUGGGGACUUUUCUGGGAUUUUUUUGCUGUAAAGCAGCUAGAAUAUGUGCUAAUGAGAUCUCUGACUUUUGUGAAAAUUUCAGUUGGAUAUAAAACUUAAGAACCAGUUUACAGUAAGGGAAGUGGUAGAUGGAACACUUGGGUACAGAAAGUAGGAUCUGUGUGUAUUACUGGAUUACCGAUGAUUUUGAGUUUUUGAUGAACUUGCUAGGACUUUGCAUAUUAAUAGCUGUUUUGCUUCAGGGACAAAUAACAAUAUAAACAAUAUUUCCGAAUAGGUCAAGCAUGGACUCUGAAAAAUAUCUUCCAUUUAUUUUAUGAGCACUUGAAUAUGGGAAAAUGAUGGGCAGUUGGGGACGAAACAUCUAAAUGAAUUUUUUAUGCAGCAGCCUCAGAAGUGGAAGUAUUUAGGCACAACCAUUGUUAUUUUCAGCCAAAAAGACCUUUUAAAAUAUGCCAGUGACUGUAAUAGACUUCAGACAAGAGCCCGAUGGGUUCUGCUUUCCCAUUUGUGGCUGAGUAGAAAUAGAACCUAUAGUUUCCUACAUAUUGAAGUUCAGAUUUAGAAGUCUUAACUCUGUAUCUUUGGUCUGCUGGGGUAACAGAAAGGAGAUAGGAAGAUAUGGUUGUUUAUCUUUGCUAGGCUUAGGAACUUUUCUUUAACAUGGUAAGAAAUCAAAACUAUUUGUGUUAAAUUUAGCUCGAUAAAAGUUUGAGGUUUGACCCAAGGUAUGUUUUCAGCCUGUACACUUAGCUACAUAACUCAUCAGUUACGCUAGGAGAUAAAAGCUCGUUCAUUCAUUUAUUUAGUCCUUCAUUUGGUUUCUUUUGGAGGAACAGGAGGAGAGCAACAUUAUGGUGAAGGCAUUUGUGGAACAUGAGAACGUAGAAUGGGAAUUGCCUUCUGGAAGGACAUCCGCACAGUACCGUAAUUAAGCUUCCAAGAGAAACAGUGAACAUAUGAUACACAGUUUGUGUAUUAAACAUUGUACAUAUUUACAUUUUUUUAUGUUAUAUUUUAAUACUGAGUGAAAAAAUGUAGAACUGACUCCUCCUCCAACCCAUGGACUGUUUCAGCUUACAUAAUAAACCUGCACCCAAGACUAAAUAAACAAAAUCUGCUAUCCUAUGGUUUUUAUCUUGUUACAGACAAUGAUUUCUGCUA